AUGUCGUCUUAUUAUUUUGCUAUGAUUGGGACCCGCGAUAAUCCCUUGUACGAAGCUGAGUUUUCGUCAUUCAAGAAUGCUUCAUCAUUAUCUGCUUCUCCCGGAUCAACAUCAUCAGUCAUUGCAGGCGCAUCACAACAACUUCCAGGAAAAUCUCAAUUCACAGCUUCUACUAAAGAAUUACUACCGUUUAUUGCUAAUGCUAGUCUUGAUAUCAUUGAAGAACAAAUGUGGUCAACACAGGUUUUGAAUUUAGGUAAAAUUGAUCAAUUUUAUGGGAUUAAUAUCAGUGCUUAUUUAACUCAAGGAAGUAUCAAAUUUGUACUUUGUUAUGAUUCAAACAAGGAUGAGAAUAGUAUACGACAGUUUUUCCAAGAUGUUAAUGAACUUUAUGUCAAGAUUUUAAUGAACCCAUUCUAUAAUGUUAAUGAUGCGAUACUAGUUCCAGAAUUUGAUUACAAAGUAAAACUACUAGCUAAAAAGUAUUUAUAA